AUGCUCUGUCAAAGUUUCAUUUUGUCAUCCUCAGGUGUUUACAUGCCGAUAAUAAAUUAUUUAGGUCAAAAUUGUAAUUUAAUUAUUAGCUAAUUCUAUAAACAAAAUAUUUAAAUAAAUAAUUUAUAUUAUUUUUAUUAGAAUCCAAUGUUACGUCAUUAUUUGUGAUGCAUUCUUGUUGCGGUAAUGAAUUAGUUACCAAUUCGGCUAUAAGUGAAGUAGUAUCGUAUAAUAUAAAACAAAUUGUUAAUUUAGUGUAUUCCGAGAAUUAUUUUGCUGGUGUUACUAUCGUUGCAUUCGUAAUUGCUGUUGCAGUAAUUGUGGUCACUCGUAGAAUCGGUGCUAAAUAUUUUAUAUCAUAGCAAGCUGUCCUAUCAGAAAGUAAAAGUAAUGAGAGUGACUGCUUUACUUCAGUGAGCCCUCCGUUUUAAAGGGCAUCCGUUGUCGCAAGUGUCACCGCGGGCGGGGAGGUGGGUCUCACUGGACCGGAGCCCCAGGACGUCGCUAUGAAAGGAGUAGAGGCCACACCAGAAGAACAAGAACGGCUAGCAACGGGAAACAACAAUGGAUCUCUCGAUUGCAAACUUCCAACACCUCAGCAACCCGGGCCACGAUCGGCAUUUCAUUCCACUAGAGUGUUCAUGCUGGUGUUUCUAUCGGGAUGGGUUUUACAGGGCAUGUUUCUAACGUACUUCGUCAGCGUAACAACGACGGUCGAAAAAUUAUUUAAAGUGGAAUCGAAGACUACUGGAACAUUGUUGGCGGCGACAGAAAUUGGACAAAUCUGCACAGCAUUGUUUUUGACCUAUCUGGCAGGUCGCGGUCACAGGCCGAGGUGGAUUGCGUGCAUGAUGCUCGUGCUCGCGGUGGGAGUGAUUGGUUGCGUGGUGCCGCACGUACUUUAUGGAACUCGGUUGAUGGACGUACAUUUAAUUUCGCACCGAGGCGGUGUUGCACCCGUGUGCUCUUCAGACGGAAACUCAACAUUGAUAACAUGUGACGAAGCUCACGCUAAGAGCAGGGCCACGCAAUCGUCUAUCACCGCCGUGGUGAUACCAUGGCUAUUCAUCUGUCUCCUCGUCGUCGGCGUGGGGCAGACCGGUAUUGCUACACUCGGCAUACCGUACGUCGACGACAACGUGGGUAGCAGACAAUCGCCAUUGUAUAUGGCUAUUACAAUUGGAAUAAGAGUUAUUGGACCAGCUCUCGGAUUCCUUCUCGGUGCGCUUUGUACCAGAGUUUACGUGGACCCGCUGGUUGAUCCCGGCUACGAAUUCAGUGAUCCAAGAUGGGUUGGAGCGUGGUGGCUUGGCAUGGUGUUCAUAGCAGGGUUUAUCGUUAUACUAUCGGCGCUGAUGUUCUUCUUCCCACGUCAAAUCAAACAAAGCCCUAUUCCGCUUCACCCGAAGAAGAACAAAGAAAGGAAAGGACAAUUUUUCAAAGAUUUCUUCGCGACGAUCAAACGUCAACUGACCAACGAUAUUUUGAUGUGGCGAACAGCGUCGUCCGUAUUACAUUUGAUGCCUAUCAGCGGUGUUUACUCCUUCCUACCCAAAUAUUUGGAGAAGCAGUUCCGCUUGCCCACGCACGAUGCCAACCUUGUCUCGGGUUUGGGCGGCAUAUUGGUGAUGGGAUUGGGUAUAAUUACAUCAGGCGUCGUGAUACUUAAACUAGUGCCCACAGCACGACAGGUUGCUGCUUGGACGGCUGCUACCGCUGCUAUAUACAGCGCCGGAAUGGUGGUGCUGAUGUUCGUGAGUUGUCCCGAGGAGAGCUUCCGAGCUCUCAGUGCGACUGACGUGGCCAAUCUCUCGUGCAGCUCCGAGUGUCACUGCUUCGGGGCGCCUUACUCGCCUGUGUGCGGACAGGACUCCUUCACAUAUCAAUCCCCGUGCCAGGCGGGCUGCUUAAACAGUACACAGCUGGACAACAGCACGUGGCUUUAUUACAACUGUUCGUGCGUCGACGCUCGCCUGCAGGGUGACAAGGCUUUCAAAACCGUGGAGCGCUACGAGCUGGACGCGCCGGACGACUUCGCGGCCAGCGGGUUCGCGGUGAGCGGCGAGUGCGGCGGCGCCUGCAACCAGAUAUACGCCUUCAUCGCCAUCUUCGCCGCCGUCAUGUUCGUGCACGCCAGCGGGGAGGUGGGCGCCGUGCUGCUCAUCAUUCGCUGCACCGACAAGCACGACAAGGCGAUGGCGAUGGGCGUGAUCCAGUUCGCGAUCGGCGUGUUCGGCAACGUGCCGUGCCCCAUCGUGUUCGGCGCCGCCGUGGACGCCGCGUGCCGCCUCCGCGACGCCGCCUGCGGCCUGCUCGGCGCCUGCGCCUCCUACGACAGCGACAGUCUGCGGCACUUCUAUCUCGGUCUGUCGGCCGGGCUGAUGUUCCUCGCUUUCAUAAUGGACAUGUUGGUGUGGAGCCGCGCGGGGCGCAUCGACAUGAACCCCGCCGACCGCGCCCCCGACCGCGACCAGCUGCCCUCCGACACGCCGCUCUGAUGCGCGCCGCCCGCGCCCGCGCCUCUGCACACCGCCCCCCGCACCGGCCCCCGCCACCCCCCCUCCGGGACGCAGUCACGCGAUCAUUCAUACUUUGACUACGCAUCUGAGCUGAAAUACUCGAAAUCGCCCCAUCGGUAUGAAAUGUUGUCUUAAUCAAGUAGUUCUAUCGUGCUCUUGAUCGAUAGUGAACGAGAGGCGAAGAAAACCUAUUGAAAAUCAAGUAAUUGAAUUUUUAAUUAAAAUCAAACGUUCGACUCAGGUCUGAGGAAAGCUUUUCGUAGCUUCAUUAUCAGAGACCGAAUCCUAGAUUUUAAGACGUCUAUCAUAAGUCUUUACCUAUAAGAACAAAUAAUUCGUAAUGUAUUUUCUUCAAGUUUACUUUUGUCCGUCUUUAAAACUAACUGUCUUCGUGGUGUGAAUGAUAAUUUUGUAAAUUUCGUGCGUAAAUGUCCUGGAAUUUACGCACGCGUUAUCGUUUGAAUAUUUAGGAUUUUUUAAACUCCUUGAAUUGUCCUUUUAUGCAUUUCCGAUGCAGUUCUUCUUCAAGGUACCACCGAUUUGAAUUAAAGUUGUCGGUUUGAUAUAUAAUUGUUAAAAAAGUAUUUCGAAUUCACAAAUUGUUAUGGCUUUGUAACGAAAUUUACGACUAUUAUAUUACUUUUUCUAUUUAUAGUUAUAUUGUGAAUCUUUUUUAUUAAAAAAUGUAUGUACCCGUUUUAGAGAAAAUUUACACCUGUCAGUAAUGUGGUGGUAAUUCGAAAUCCAUAAAAAUAGUUAAAAGAUCGCAUACUUGAGGAGUUAUUGAAACAUAUUUUCAAAUGUAACUAAGUCUAUAGUGAGUUAUCAAUUUCUUUUUCAUUUUUCGCUUUUUACGGUUAAUAAUGACUGAACAAUGGAAUAAUAUUUUUUGCAUUUUAUUAUUUAUACAUUUUGUACACUAGUUUCUUAUUUUUUUUAAUCUGUGCUCAAUUUUAUUUAAGUAAUAAAAUGAAUAUGCAUAAUAUUUUUAAUGGCUCGAAAUGAAUUACAAUUAUUUUUCAUUUAUUUUUGUUUUGUAUAGAAAUAGUACAAGUUUUUUUUAAUGUAUUCUUUAUAGGAGGGAAUUAAGGUCUGGUUUGAUCCGCGAAGUCCCGAAACGCAUAGUUUUAAUUGUAUGAUUACGAUUUUUUUACAUGUAUUUCUAUAAAGAAAUCACAUUACUGGGACUGAGUUAUAAAACUUUGUGACCACUGCCUCAUUAUCGUUAAAAAAAAGUUUGGAUUUAAAAGUAAAGUAUUGUAUUUAAAAAGAAGAUAAUUGAAACUGAUUUCACAAAUUAAGUAAUUUAAAUCUGUAAAAACUUGAGAAGUAAAUUCCUGUAAAGCUGUGGUCACAUAAGUUAUACAUUUUUUUCGAUUAUUGCGAAUUACAUGGCUAGUGAUUAGACUUUUAUAUUAGAUUAGAGCGAGUUUUUUUAUACAAAUACUGCUAAUUAUACUGUAAAUAUAUUAAAUGAAUUGAAUGUAUAAUCACAUAAUAUUAGUAUAAUUUAGACAGCUGUUAUAAUUGUUAGGACGUUUUUUACGUAUUUAUAUUGGUUUGUAACUUCAACAUCACAUUAGCUAUGGCCAGUUGGUAACAAUUUUCAAUGCAUAUUAUAUAAUUAUUGUACUUCAAUAUAUACUUGAAGGUUUUCGGCGUUAUGAAAUUAGUUAGUCCGACGACCUUUAGUCGUCGAGCGUGUUGUAACUAUAAGAUACAUUUUGAUUGGAAAUGUUUAGUAAAAUAUCGUUUUGUUGGUGAAUGUUGACUUGCUCUUAAUAUAUUCUUACAUUAAUAUUACUUAUAUAAUAAUAUUAUUAACUAUAGCUUUUCAUAUGGCAAGCUAUAGUUACAACUUUUUGCAAUUAUUAUACUAUCUUAUACAAAUAACCUUUCUCGUAAUAAUGGAAGGCUAAUAAGGCUGGGUCAUGUGUAAAAUAUUUAGAAAAAAAUAAGAUAUAUUUUGAUUUAGGUUAACUCUGAUAUUCUAUAAUGUCUAAAAAGUUUCUAUAUAUCUGUGAUUAUUUAUCACGAACCAGGAAUGUUAUUUAUAUAUUUUAUGGUAAGUGCAUUUCCUAGUGCAAUAUAAAAAUAAACACAGAUAAUUAAAUUCCAAGUUUUUUUUAAUAACACGAACGCCACUGCCAACCCAACGCAAAUAUAAUAAUUAAUAUUUUUUACAUAUAAAGCAGUUUUUGCAAUAGCUUAUACGAAUUAACAUUUUCUAUAUUAAUGUAUAUUUAAAAAAUAACAAUAUUUUUCCUAAUACUUAUUAAAUGUGCAUUAUAAUCGUGCAAUGUUUUUAAAUGAAAUGUAAGUAGUUUUAAAUAUUCUAAUAAUACAUUUUAAAACGUAGAUUCGAAUGUUAUUUUUUAAGAUGGCAUCAUUUAAUACAAUUUUACCCAUUUUUAUAUGAAAUUGUCAGCAUGGUGCUUGUAUAUUGAAACACGAUAUUAUACAAUACUUUAUUGAUGUUUUCUGUUUUCGUUAGUUCGAGUGUGUCAUUUGUUACUUAUUGUAAUGUCACAGUUAAUUACAAUAGAAUAUCUAAAAAAUUACUUAAACCGAAACUUUGAAAAUUAAAAAUAUGCUAUUAUUUAUUUCAAUUAAUAAUAAUAAUUUUAGGUUUAUUUUUAUGAAAUUAAACUUUGUUCAAAAUUUAUUUAAAUAUAUAUUUAAUCUGUGCAAAUUUUGUUGAAAUGGAUUAUACUUAUCAUAGAUUAUUUAUAGUUUAUGUCAAAAUAUAAUCUGUGCAAAAUCAUAUUGGAGAACGAUAAUAUAUAUUUUUAAUUGUUAUUAUUACAAAAAGGGUUGAGAGUUUGACGGAAAUCAACUUAUUUGGUACAACACUCAUAAUGUAAUUGACAACUCGACUCGCGCAAAUUAAAACUAAUAAUGUGAACAUAGCUUUAGGAAAUGUUCUUGUGCAAUCGCUAUGUUAAGCUUUUAUGUAAUUUAAUAUUUUUCGCCUUUAUAUAGAAACAUUUUUAACGAUUUCUCUUCAUAUAUUGUUUAUAAAGUAGCUGAAUUUGUUGUUUGUUGCUGUACGUUUAUAGUUUGUGUUUUAGGAUCAAAAUAUCUCUUCAUAGUAAUGAACACAAUUUUACUAGUCUAUCUUUUAGUGCUAACGUUUAAUACCUCGAUCUAGAUGUACCGAUCAUGAUGUACUUUAAGGUACCGUUUAAUGUUUUUUUUGACACAAUUGUCUAAAUUAUGUAUAGGUUUGCUAGAAAAUUCUAAUGGAUUAAUUGAAUAUUCGAUUCGAUUCUAUAUCGAUGUCGUAGAUAGAACAUUUGUGCGUUAACAGAUAAUUGUCUAUGCCUAAGUAUGUUAUAGCGUAUGAGCAUAUAUAGUUAAUAAAUAUCUUCGAUUUUAUAUAUCUUUAUGAUAAUGAUUUGCCAUAUAUCGUGUUACGAAAUGUAAAAGCUUCGCGUUGCAAUGAAUAUAAAAAUAUUAUUGUUUGUUUUUUAAUGUUAUAAUUAUUUAUAAAUAUAAAUAUUUUACGCCUCUAGUACCGUGUAUGCUCGUACGAAAAGUUUUCUAUAAGUUAGUAUAAGGACUAGAAAUAAAAUUGUACCAAAAUAUCACAAAGAAAUGUUUAGAGGAAUUACAAUUUACGUAGCGAAUAUGUACGCGACUGUACUCUAUAUUUUUUCACGUUAGUUUAAUAAGUUUUAAAAAUGUAUUGAUUUCUACGAUAUUUGUCCAUUUUAAUCAUAGAAUAAAAAUCUGGUCAUGAUUCCGGUACAGCUUUGUAAUGGUUUAACUUCGAUGUGUCUGUAGAUUUGUUACUGUGACAUUAGUCACGUAUUUUUUUUAAUUAUUUGUAAAUAAAAACUUUAUUGAGA